CAAAUCAAAUCUAUAUUCCAUCACCACCGUUGAUCCACUCCAUAUCUAUUUCACUCUUUCUGUCUCUAUAUACAUCUCCGGUGACGCCCCGCUUUUUACGGCGUCGCCAUUCCUCACUUCAAUCUAUACAUAACAUUUCUAUAUCUAUAAGUUUACAAAAAUGGAAUCGAUAAUAGCAAGGGCGCUGGAGUAUACUUUAAAGUACUGGCUUAAAUCAUUCACUAGAGAUCAGUUCAAGUUACAAGGACGCACUGUUCAGCUCUCCAAUUUAGAUAUAAAUGGUGAUGCUCUCCAUGCGAGUCUCGGAUUGCCUCCAGCAUUGAAUGUUAAAACCGCAAAACUCGGGAAAUUAGAGAUUAUACUUCCUUAUUUGAGCAAUGUACAAGUUGAGCCAAUUGUUGUGCAAAUUGAUAAGCUUGAUUUGGUUUUGGAGGAAAAUGAUGAUUUGGAUGCAUAUAAGAGUACAGACAGUGCACAAACGCCAUCCAGUCCUUCAAAAGGCAGUGGAUAUGGAUUUGCGGACAAGAUUGCAGAUGGGAUGACACUGGAAGUACGGACUGUCAAUCUUUUAUUGGAGACACAUGGGGGUGCUCGACAUCGGGGAGGAGCAACUUGGGCAUCACCAAUGGCAUCUAUUACCAUACGCAACCUCUUGCUAUAUACCACAAAUGAGAACUGGCAGGUGGUAAACCUUAAAGAAGCGAGGGAUUUUUCAAAUGACAAGAAGUUCAUCUAUGUUUUUAAAAAACUUGAAUGGGAGCAUCUAUCCAUCGACCUCUUGCCUCACCCUGAUAUGUUUGCAGCGUUUUCUGAAGGUGCAUUUAAGGAUGACGAUGGUGCAAAGCGAGUAUUCUUUGGCGGGGAGCGGUUCCUAGAAGGAAUUUCCGGAGAAGCUUAUAUUACGAUACAAAGGACAGAGCUUAAUAGUCCACUAGGGUUGGAACUCCAGCUACAUAUUACUGAAGCUGUGUGCCCAGCUUUGAGUGAGCCAGGACUGCGAGCUCUUCUUCGUUUUUUUACGGGAUUGUAUGUCUGUCUAAAUAGAGGAGAUCUGAAUCCAAAUGCUCAAGAGCGAUCAGCAGAAGCUGCAGGGCGUACACUGGUCUCUAUUAUGGUGGACCAUAUAUUUUUUUGCAUCAAGGAUACUGAUUUCCAGUUAGAUCUUUUGGUGCAGUCGCUUCUCUUUUCCCGGGCAAGUAUUUCUGAUGGAGAGAUAACCAAAUGCUUAACUCGGGUGAUGAUGGGUGGACUAUUUCUGCGGGAUACUUCCUCUCGUCCACCAUGCGCUCUAGUGCAACCGUCAAUGCAGGAUGCUGCAGAUGAACCACUGCAAAUUCCAGAUUUUGGAAAGAACUUCUGUCCUCCAAUAUACCCGUUAGGGGAUCAGCAGUGGAAACUAAGUGAACGCGCUCCACUUAUGUCCCUCCAUUGUCUUCAGUUUAUGCCUUCACCUAGCCCACCAUCCUUCUCUUCACAAACUGUCGUUGACUGCCAGCCUCUUAUGAUACAUCUUCAAGAAGAGUCGUGUCUAAGAAUUUUAUCCUUACUAGCUGAUGGAAUCGUGGUAAAUUCUGGUGGUAUUUUACCAGAUAUUUCAGUCAACUCCCUUGAAGUCAAAGUCAAAGGAUUAGAUAUUACUGUUCCAUUAGAAAAUCAAAAUGACAGCUCCUUUAGUGGAGCAAGACUUCAUAUUGAGAACCUAUUCUUUCAUGAUUCACCUUUCCUGAGGCUUAGACUGCUCAAUCUUGACAAGGAUCCUGCAUGCUUCUGCCUCUGGAAGGGUCAACCAAUUGAUGCCAGCCAAAAAAAAUGGACAAGUGGAGCUUCUUUAUUCGAUAUGUCUCUAGAAACUUGUGAUAGCUUAAAAGGAGUAAAUGGGUCCCGUUCACAAUCUUCAAAGUUGUGGAAAUGUGUCGAGGUAAAAGGUGUUUGUAUUCAGGUUGCAAUGGUAACAGCAGAUGGAAGCCCAUUGAUAGACGUCCCUCCUCCAGGAGGAGUUGUUAGAGUUGGAGUUGCUUGUGAACAAUAUCUCUCCAACACUUCUGUUGAGCAACUUUUUUUUGUAUUGGAUUUAUAUACGUAUUUUGAUACAGUCAGCGAGAAAUUGGCCGUGGUUGGAAGAAGUAAACAGAAGAAGGCGGUGAAGCAUGAACUUUCUAAUGGAAGCUUGAUCGAAAAGGCUCCUGGUGAUACUGCAGUUAGUUUAGCAGUUAAGGACCUUAAACUUACAUUUUUAGAAUCUUCCUUGGUGGAUUUUCAGGAAAUGCCUCUAGUUCAGUUUGGCGGAGAUGAUCUAUUGGUGGAAGUUACUCAUAGAACCUUGGGUGGUGCCAUGGCCAUUUCAUCAACUGUAAGGUGGGACAGUGUUCAGGUUGACUGUGCCGAAACUGAGACAGCCCCAGUACAUUCGAACAGUUUGGUGUCAAAUGCUACAGAAGAUUUUCUUCCUGCUCUAAAUGGCUGUCCUAAACUGAGAGCUGUCUUUUGGGUGCAAAAUGAAACAAAUUUUCCGUUUUUGAAUUUAAGCAUGGUGCAUGUUAUUCCUUAUAAUGCACGAGAUACCGAGUGUCAUACGUUAAGUGUGUCGGCUUGUAUCGCCGGCGUACGUCUUGCAGGAGGCAUGAAUUAUGCCGAAGCUCUCCUACAUCGCUUUGGAAUUUUAGGACAAGAUGGUGGGCCAGGGGAUGGGCUCUCCAAGGGUUUGGAACAUCUAUCUGUGGGCCCAUUGUCGAAACUUUUCAAAGCAUCACCUUUGCUUGUUGAGGCCAGGGAGAGUAAAAGUGAAAGCAUAGAGGAGAAUCAUAGUGGACAUUUGCUCUUGGGUGCACCUGAUGAUGUGGAGAUAUCUCUAGAAUUGAAGGACUGGUUAUUUGCAUUGGAGGGUGCAGAGAUGGCAGAAAGGGCAUGGCUCUACAGUCCUGAGGAUUUUUACAGAGAAGAGAGGUGCUGGCACACAACUUUUGACAGUUUUAAAGUGAAGGCAAACAGCAGCAAAAGACACUUGGUUAAUGGCAAAAAGAGUUUAUCUGGUGCACUCAAGUAUCCUAUAGAAUCAGUGACGGUCGGUGUUGAAGGAUUAAAGACGUUGAAACCCCAGCAGCAGAAAGUAGCACAACAAAAUGGGCACAAACAAACUGUCGAGUCACAUGGUGGGGUAGAUCUUGAAGCUGACAUAGUUUUAAACGAAGAUGAUGGUGUCAAUGGGAUGAUCAGUUGGGUGGUGGAAAGCUUAAAGUUUUCUGUGAAACAUCCGGUUGAGGCAAUUGUAACCAAGGAUGAGCUGCAACAUGUUGCUCAAUUAUGCAAGUCAGAAGUUGAUUCCAUGGGGAGAAUAACUGCUGGGGCUUUGCGUGUGUUAAAGUUAGAAGGAUCAGUUGGUCAGACAACGAUGGAUCAGCUGAGCAGUCUUGGAAGUGAAGGGUUUGAAAAGAUCUUCUCACCAGUUAACCAUCGCAGAGAUAGUAAUGCUUCUGGUGGAAUGAGCCCUUUUUCCCUAGGGGCUUCUGAAAACCAACUCUCCUCAUCCUUUAAUACAACAUUAUCCUCUCUCAAGGCUGCAUUAUUAGAAUCACAAACAAAUUGUGCAUCCCUUGCUUCUGAGUUAAGCAUGUCUGAACCACACCUUCGUAGUGUGGAACAACUCGCCCAGAAACUAGAGAAUAUGCAACAAUUGUUACUGAAGCUGCAGUCUCGGGUAUAGUUUUUUGCUUUCUACAUCAUAUGUAUGCAAUUCAAUUAUUAUUAUAUAGUGUCUACUUACAUAGUUAUGCAUUCUUUAAUGUAUAUAGUUACAUAUAGAGUUAAAGACACCAGCAUAUGUGCGAAAGUUAGCUGGUUGGAAAUUUUGUAAAACAGUUCAGCUCAGUUUUGGGCAGAAAUUGUGAAUAUGUGAAUUUAAGGGGUUUCGGUGCAGUUUUGAGCA